GGCUCCAAGGCAGCCGUGCAAUGGUUUUGAUGUCCUGGUCGUCCACAGCCAGUCCAUCAUGGGGCCGUGGUGGAAUGCGUGGCCCUCCGAGCAGUCCUUGCCACAGGAGAGCUCGUGGACGCUGCAGUCGUCGCCCAGGACGACCGCUCUCGGCGCUGCGCCGAGCGCGCAGAAGACGCGCCGAUGGGCCGCGUCCUCAAGCUACACGCAGCUGGAGAAGCGGCCGGUGUCGCGCCAGCUGAGCUGGUUCCGGCCCAAGGCGCCCGCGCAGGAGCCCGUGGCGCUGCUGUCCCGGGAGAGGCGAGGCGAGCUGAGGAGCGUCGCCGCGG